AUCGAAGCAUUAAGUGAUGAAGAUCAAGAAAGUCUACCUGAUGAUGCGAUGGAUAUAUUGAAUAAUGAAGAUCAAGAAAUGAGUAACAGCCAAGGCAUUGUUAAUGAAAGUCAAGAUGAAAUUCAAGAAUUAGUCAAUAAAAUUCGUGAAGUAAAUGUUGAAGAGGUGAAUCUUGAAGAAGAUAAUGACAAUUAUUAUAAUGAACAAGAAACGAAUUAUCAAAAUAUAUGGGAUGAUUAA